CCUAGCAAGUUUCACAUCCACGGUGCAAAGUUUUAAGACGUGUUGCUCGGCUGCUAUUUGUGCUUCCUACAGACUCGCACCAACUACUUUAAGACACAUAUUUCCCCGUCGAGGUCCGGGUGGCAACACUGACGGUGCAAGAUGUCCGUCGCAGGAUUUAAGAAGCAAUUUUACAAAGCAAGCCAGCUGAUGAGUGAGAAGGUUGGCGGUGCGGAGGGAACCAAACUGGAUGAAGACUUCAAGGACCUCGAAAGGAAAGCAGAUAUUACUAGCAAAGCAGUGGUGGAUGUCAUCAAUAAAACAUCAGAGUACCUUCAGCCCAACCCAGCAACAAGAGCUAAGCUUUCCAUGCUCAACACAGUGUCCAAAAUCCGCGGACAGGUGAAUAGUCCAGGCUACCCCCAGCCUGAGGGCCUCCUGGGGGAGUCCAUGACUAAGUUUGGACGGGAUAUGGGCGAGGACACCAACUUUGGUGGGGCUCUAAUAGACACAGGGGAAACAAUGAAGAGGAUGGCCGAGGUCAAGGACUCUCUGGAUAUUGAUGUGAAGCAGAAUUUUAUUGACCCUCUGCAGGCAGUCGCUGAGAAGGAUAUCAAAGACAUUCAGCACCACCUGAAGAAACUGGAGGGCCGCCGUCUGGACUAUGAUUAUAAAAAGAAACGUCAAGGUAAAAUCCAAGAUGAAGAGAUCAGGCAGGCCCUGGAGAAGUUCCAUGAGUCCAAAGAGAUGGCUGAGAGCUCCAUGCACAAUCUGCUGGAAACAGAUGUGGAGCAGGUGAGUCAGCUGUCCUCUUUUGUGGAGUCUCUGCUGCAGUACCACAAACAGGCCGCACAGAUCCUCGAGGAGCUUUCUGACAAACUGAGAGAAAGGGUGAUUGAUGCUCAGAACCGUCCAAGGCGUGAAUACACACCCAAACCCAGACCAGCCUUUGACUUUGAGAUAGAACAGUCCAACGGAGGAUACUCACCUGCUGCAACAAGUCCUCCAGCUUACUCUCCCGCCCCAGUACAAAAUCGAGGCCCAUCCUCCCAAAGAAACUCCGUCAAGAGCAGGCCGCCUGAGCCAUGCUGUAAAGCCCUGUAUGACUUUGACCCAGAGAAUGACGGCGAGCUGGGCUUCCACGAGGGUGACAUCAUCACCUUGGUCAGUCAAAUUGAUGAGAACUGGUUCGAGGGAAGCCUUCGUGGAAGAUCAGGAUACUUCCCCAACAACUAUGUUGAAGUGAUGGUGCCUCUACCACACUGAAAACAGCAAGGCAAGAGGGAAACAGCAGGAGAUGAAGAGGGGGAUGAAAGAGGAUUGUCAACUCUCACCCAAAAGAUAUAUCUUAUGUUUAUUGUAAUUAAAGGGUAAACAUCUCAAGACAGGGACAUGAUUUUUUGUAUCUAGGAGUUAUUUGAGCAAAGCUUUUUUCAAUCUAACAAAAUGUAAUGGAUUUUUAAAAACAGUAAGGAUGGGACGCUGUUCAUUCAAAAAAAUGUGUGGGUGCAUUUACCAUAUCUUGGGUCUUGAUAUCCAUUCUCUAUGCACCUGUGCACUUUGUACAAAACAUCUCUAUCACCAGGACUGAUGAGGAAAGAUUGAGAGAAUGGAAUCUGUAAUAACAUGCUCAACAGUAUCCACAAACACUAAGAAGUGCAACUACUUUAAUCUCAUACUCUUACCCUGUUUUAUAUUCACAGUAUGACAUUUCUUGUUCUAUGUGUUGUUCAUAUUGGUACUACACACAUGCAUGCAUACGCAUGCAUCUUUCCAAGCGCUGUUUUCUACACUCCCAGUUUUCACCUCUAUGCCUUUAGGCAUUAGUGCUGUUGUCUCAUGGACUCAUUGGAGUCAACAUGGAGGACUGGCUAACUUUUCUUGACGUAACACUAUACUCUGCUGCCAUCUGGUGGUGGUACAGAUGAUUCUUAGCUAUUGGUUUGAGUAGCACAGACUGACAGACUGCUGUUUGUAACUGUAAUUGCAGUUUUACAAAUGUUAGCCACAUUUAUUCUAGACCAAAUGGUUGUUUGAGAGUUUAUUUCUAAAGGGCUGUAAAUGUCCAUGUCUUUAUAUACUUCAUUUAUCACACUAAUUUUGCUAAGUUGUCAGUAGGAUAUUUUACCUACUGCUAUACUAUUGUUUUUCAAAGCAUGGAUCCCUAUUGUCUCUUCUAAUUGAUGCCAAAGAAAAGUUGCACAAAUUCCAAAAUUGCCCCAGGCUGCUGCUUGUCAAUGAAAAGACGUGUAUUUUAUACAGCCUUAUGUGCACACUUCUGCAAGAUUAAUAAUAUUUCAGAAUGCACAGAAGCAGACAUUUGUUUCCAUUACAGUGCAGCUCACAAUAUUAGCAUUACACCAAAGCCAUAAGCACACAUCCCUCAGUUCCUCUACUUUCUCAGGCUCCAGUGAUACUGCUGGCAGUGUCACUCACAAUGUUUUGUGGGCUUUUACCCAAAUGUUUGUCAAUGAAUUUUCAGUCUGUGAUUUGUUUUCCCCCUUGGCGCUGGGAUAAGCUUGGCUUUAGUACUCAAACCUAUAAUUUAGAGCAUGGAAAUUAAUCUGAUGUGUAUUGGGUGUUUUUGUACCUGCCUCAGUUUUCAGGCUGAAACUGUGCACCAGACCUGACAGAAAAUGCUAGCUCCCAACUAUUGUGUUGAGAAUUUACUAAUAAUGAGGAAGGUCCUCUCACAAUGGCUGGUUUCAGUUUCAUAUAAGCCUAUUACAAGCAGACUAUGAACUGUUAGGGUUGGUACUGUUCACUAAAAUGCCAACUUUCUCCUCUUGUCAUGAUCCCCUUGUUAGACCGCCCCCGCCCCACUCAUCUCUCCCGUCUCUAUUUAAACUGGGAGCGGAACAGACAGGUCUUUUCACCAGGGAAGGGCACACAGCAGUGGAUUAUGCCCUCCCUCCCCCACUAGUCUUUAUACACCACCUGCCCCUGUACCCCUACCCCCUUUCUCAUUAUCUUCCCCAUCCCACUCCCAUAGUGCCUCUGGAGCUUGGUUUCCUGGUCCAUCCUUGGAAUAAUCUCAUUGUUAUCAUAGUAUGUGCCUCUUUGCAGGUUUGCAUAUCUCCUAUGUAAUUCAUGUUGUGUAUUGGGCCAAGGGGUGAGACACAACUGUGUGGUUCAGGUGUGGGUUUACAUGCCUCAUUACACUGAAUCAGAAGCCCAGAGUUUGAGAGGGGAGCAGAGGGUCAGGGGCUCAGGUUGAGUUAUUAUGCAGCCUGUAUAAUGAUAAUGAUUAAUGUCGAGGAACAAAAAGCUAAGAUCAAUUUUUGUGUGCUGCUGCUGUCACAGCUGAAAUAGUUGUCUGAAUGCUGCAGCUGACAUUUAUUGCAGCACUACAUUCUGUGACGGUUUGUUUUGGAUCCAUACCCAGAAGUGUCACAACUCUAAUAUUAAUGAAUGAAGUAUUAUCAGCCUUAAAAGCUUUAUCUUAUUAUAAACAUCUUAAUGGAUUUUUCUAUGUUUAAAAUAUAACCGCUUUGCAUGCGUCUUCAUUACAGCCUCUGUUUUAGGCAAUACCUUAUUUUUGUAACUGUGACAUUGUGGGGAGACUAAAGGUGGGAUUAUCCUGGAUAUCUUUAGGAUAUAUGGUUUACCUCUAUACUAAAUGUAAUCUUAUGUGUAUUGUAUAUUUUUGUUAUUAUGUAAAGGGGAGUGAAUGCUGUUCAUUUGCUUGUUUAAAUAAAUGUUAAAUAAUUUGG